AUGCGCCGGCUAAAGCCAGUUCUGUUACUCACUAUCCUUGGCGUCUCAAGUGGUACCAUUGUUCCGCAGUUGCAAUCCAUUCUCGGUACCGAAGUGGCGCGCCAGAUCGCUGAGCGUGCCAUGUUCCGCACAGAGAAGUCUUUGGAUCUCAUACAAGCUAUGAUAGUGUACGCGGUAUGGCAUCUGAAACACCGGGAAACUAAAGCUCCAGGCUUCAGCCAGUACAUCCAUUCCGCCGCGGUCAUGGCAAUGGAGAUCGGGCUUGGGAACCGGUUGAGGGCUUCUCUGGCGAAAAGUAGGGAGGAGGAGGCUGAGAUGCGACGGACCUGGCUCACUUGCUAUUAUGCAACCAUUUCAUACAAGUAUUCCGAGGAAGACUCACUCACAAACCACAGUGUUUCCGUGAUUCUUCACCAUCCGCCACUGAUUCGAUUCUCACCAUACAUUGACGAGUGCCUGAAGUUUUUUAGCGAGGGCCCUGCACCUGCAGCAACAGAUCUCACCCUUUGCAGCCUAAUACGCUUGACUCAAAUAACGGAGGAUGUCUCCCUACUAUUCCACUUGGAUGAUCCCACUGCAACCAUAUCCAUCGAUGAUCCAAGGACGCAGUAUCUUCUAAAAUUUUUGAAUACAAGACUUGAAGAGUGGAAAGUGGAUGCGGCUGGCCACAUGAAUUCAGAUAUACUUGAGCAUUCGUUCAAAGUCACCCGUCUUCUCACACACGAAGUUGCCCUUCGAUAUGAUUACAAUGCAGACCCAAGUUCAACGGCACGGAUUUUCACUGCGGCACACUUUGAUGCGCUAGCCACCUGCGUUGGCAGCAUCAGUCGAAUACUGGAUUCAUUCAUUCACAUGGACUUGAGGAUGUAUCGUGUAGUCGAAUGUCCAUAUAUGACUUGGACUCUCUAUGCCACUAUUGCGAUGAUACGACUCUCUGGAAUUCUUCGUUUGCCAGCACCAAAGUUGACGGAUAUGUUGCUUCCCGAGUCGAAAUUGGAACAUUACCUCAACACAGUCAUACUAAAGUUUACAUCGCUGUCCCAAAUGGAUGCCAAUCCAAGUGCGGAAAGCUUUCUACACGCGUUUCAGCGAUUGAGAUCUUGGAAUAAUCAGAAGAGCACUGGCAGCUCAAUCCCGCUUGUAAUGAAUGAAAUUCGAGCUGGUAUUUGUGAGACCAAAUCAAGCGACAAGGAGAAUACGGAGACUGGACAAUCUACACACGCGGCUACUUUGCUUCAUGUCUCGGAAACGCAGUCUGACAAGUUUUUAGGCUCUCGAGAACCACUGUUUGAUCCCAGUUCUUUAGUUGACGAUCCGCCCUUUGAUACAGAAAGCUGGAACGCGACCGCAGAGAACUUGGGUAACCUCGACCCUUUCAACCUUGGGAUUUGGUUUGAAUAG